AUGGGGGGGACGCGGCAUGAAACGGGCGCUGGCGUCGAUGAAGAGGAGGAGGAAGAUCCCUUCGCCGUGUUCAACACGCCCGAGCCGGCGGUGGUGGCAUUGACGCCACCUGAAGCUCUCUCUCCCUUGACUUCCGGCGGCCACAACGUUGCCCGUGAGGCGGCGCCGGCCGUGUCAGGUCCGUCCUUGUGGGGCGGCCGCGGUGUUUCCGUUGCCGAGGCGUUAGGCAGAGCUGCCCCAAGUGCCUCAUCGACCAUCAUGCAUGUCGUUUCUGCGUCUCCCCGCGAAGGUGUUGACACGGCGGAGAUUGUUAAGCAGCGGUCCUCGGCGGAUCGAGCGCGUGCGGCUGCGAUGCAGGAGCCUAGUAGCGGGAUUACCGUUAAGCACCCUACGAAGAGCUGCGAGCAGCUGUCACUAGUUCUUGUGCAAUACCCCUAUGCCACUUUUAUAGAGCUGCACCGUCGCCUCGCUGCUGUGGGUGCACCUCCAUCGCUGACUGUCAUAGGCGUCGUCAUCCGAAAGACGGAUCCAAGGCAAAAAAAUGGCAAAAACACCUACGGCAUAGUCACGCUGUGGAGCCUGCGAGGACCCUUCCCAACUCCGCGGGAGGAGUUGUCCGUCCUGCUUGGUGGGUCGGCGUUUGACGUGCACUACACGAAGAUUGCAACAGGGAUUGUGCUUGCGCUCUCAGGUGUACAGCUGAUGGACCGUCGCAACGAUGCGGCCGCCAGCAACACGCAAACUGGAACUGCCGCGUUGAGUGCCAGUGCUACGCCCAGGACGAACGCUGGUGGUGUUGGGAAUAACCCCUCAGGCCUAGUGAAGGUGACAAACAGUGAGCAGGUGCGUGCCCUCGGCUACGCAGCGGAUCUCGCGACUUGCCAAGCAAUUCAGCAUCACUCAGGGGAACGCUGCAAUCGGAUUGUGAACGGCGCGCUUUCGAAGUUUUGUUCAAACCACGUCUCGAAUCUCCGGCGUGCCGCCUGUGGCAAUGCAGCGUCGGCGACAGCCCCAAACCUACAGCUGCCAGCGAGGGUCACGCGACCCUCGACGACGUUUGCAUCUGGUGCCACACGUGUAAAUCUUGUGUCAGGGAGCCCAACGGGUGCUGUUGCGUCUAAGGUUGCUCUGCAAUCGUUGGUGCGACAACAGCCAGGGUUUUUAACGGUGAAGGGCUCCUGUGGGCUACCAACAACAACGCCGGCUGGAUCUGACGUCACCUCCGCUGCAGGGGCCUACGCGGGCGUUGUGUCGGGCAGCGCGUUAUCCGUCACCGGGAUGUGUCGGGAUGUGGGGCGCGUGUUCAGCUCCCCACAGUCGCUUGGCGUCACGUCGCGCGGACGAACCGUUCUUGCCGCAGCGGUGGAUCAGGAAGACGCCAAGGAACGCCAACGACUACUUCAGCUAGCGAUUAAGCCGAACGAGUUGGGCACCAAACGUUCCCGCAGUGGCAGCACCGCCGCAGUGAUGAACGCAAAGGAGACGGUGGCACAAGAUGUGGAGGCGGUUCGUGAGCAGUACGCACCUCUGCCGGGAGAUCGCACUCCGUAUUCUUUUGCCUCAAUGCGAUGCAGUGCCUUUGAAGAGGUGCGUCUCCGCCAUCAGGACUAUCAGCACCGCGUUGUUACGAGACGAGCCAAUGGAAAAACAAGUUCCAUUGUUUCUGCUGUGGAGCGGCGUCUCCGCAGUGAUGGCACUCUCGCAAAAGCAGGGGCCUCACUCGUCCAAACAGAAAAAGAGGAAGUGACGCCACAUUCGCAGGAUGCAGCUCCACCCAUCUCUACAUCGCUGCUCAGCGCUGUUGCGGGCGUCAUGGGCAGCGUGAAUGAUGACCUUCGCGUCGCAGAUGAACGGCGAAAGUUUGAGCACCGAAUGGAGCGACGUAUCCUGCAGGACAAAGCUCUUGACGCCCUUGCGGAGGUGACGGAGCAAACUGUGAAGGGAAUUUACUGUCAGCAGUGCGAACGUUGGUAUCUGCGCCGCAAUGAACGCUGCAAGAUGUUGCAGCACACCUUGGAGACUAAAGAGACCACGCGACGCUUCAUUGAGUGUGAACACUGUGGAUACAAAACCAGCUUGCUUGGAGACGUGCGUCCGUCGAAGAUGGUUCCGCGGUGCCCGCGAUGCUGCGCCGAUGCCGUUUGGAAGGCGAGCAACGCGGCACCUGCAUCAGCGGCUUCAAGAAAAGAUUCCAUACAGCUCUGA